AGGUUAAAAGAAAUGGCGGCCAUGAAAGCGGCAAUGGUCGUCAUUAUGGCGACACAGGCUCACGCAUUUUUUCAAGCUCCCUCGCUGCCCUUGCGUAGAGCCAGUAGUGUGCUCGCACCACGUGCUAGACCAUUCAGAAUGGCAGUUGUUGAUGACAAGAAGGAAGUGAAAGAGUACUUCAACAAUGAAGGAUUUAAUCGCUGGAGCAAGAUUUACAGUGAAAGUGACGAUGUCAAUGCGGUUCAGAAGUUUAUUCGUUCUGGACAUCAGCAGACUAUCGACAAGGUUUUGGCCUGGAUUCAGGAAGAUGGAAGCGCUGCAAAUGGACAGACUUUCUGCGAUGCCGGAUGCGGAGUUGGUUCGUUGGCUAUUCCACUCGCUCAGAUGGGAGCAAAGGUUCGAGCCAGUGACAUCAGUGAAGCCAUGGCAAACGAGGGUGCCGCACGCGCCGCCAACAUGGAUCUUAAAGGAUCUGUGACUUUUGAAACUGCAGAUUUGGAGAGUUUAAAUGGUUCUUAUGACACUGUGACCUGCAUUGAUGUCCUGAUUCAUUAUCCCACUGAGAAGAUGGACUCGAUGGUUGGACACCUUUGUGACAUUGCAUCAAAGAGAUUCAUCAUCUCCUUUGCUCCAUUUACUCCAUUCUAUGCUGCUUUGAAAUUCGUUGGCUCUUUAGCCCCAGGCCCAUCCAAGGCAACACGUGCCUACCUGCAUGUCGAAAGUGACGUGGUGGCUGCUUUGGAGAAGAGAGGAUUCAAGGUGAAGCGAUCGGAGAUGACUGCUACCAAUUUCUAUUUCUCAAGACUUUUGGAAGCUGUCAAGGAGUAGAAAGGAAUAUCAAAGCAGAAAGAUUGCUGGCGCUGUUGCUUUUUUUCAAUUGCCUAAUUUGUUAUUGAAUUUACUUGAUCUAUCUG